GGCCCGCUGGGCGGGGAAGCGGAUCCAUUCGGUGGAGCCCAGCGGGUGUCUGUUUGGCGAUGUCCGAGGCGAACCGCGGCCUCCCUGGAGGGGCUGGCGGCUCCGUGUGCAGGAGGCCCUGCUCAGGUGCAGCCGACAUGCGUCAGCGUGUGGCGCCAUAGCACUGCCAGUAGCGACGUGUAGCGGCGGCGCGCUGCACGCACGGAGGCGCGUGGGGCAGCCACGCUGCCCGCGCGGCGGAAGAACCUAUGCGACGAAACCACAACAAAAAAAAACAACGACACACACGAGGGCCAGCGGCGUCUGGAAGGGCCACCGCGGCUGGUCGUUCACCCCGCGCUCCCACGCCGUCACCGUUGACGCUUUGCUCGAGAUCCGCGUUGGCGCCGAGGGCGCGUCAAUGUCGGGGCGCGGCCCUGAUGCCCCGCCCACGCCUAAGAGGACGAAGGGCAAGAACGAGAAGAGACGGUAG